AAUUGCAGACCAUCAGUAGCCGACCUCAGUUUAGGACUUGCGUCGGGUUGUAAUAGUAUUUCUUUGCAUUUGUGAGGCGUAGUAGUAGUUGUUGGACUAUGGCUUCGUUAUGUGCAAGAAUUUCACUUCAUUCUUCUCGUCGAAAGACUUUAUAUUCUUGUAUCAGACUUGCUAAUACAUUUACAGACCCAAAGGAGUUGGCUACUGGGCUAGAAAAGCGUGAAAUACUUAAUGAUGAAGCUGGAAAGGAUCCUGACCCAUAUGGUCUAGCAGUUAAGCGAGGACCAGGUACCAAAGAUAAACCUAAUCUGAUUCCCUCAGCAUUUGACUCAAGAAUUAUUGGCUGUCUGUGUGAUGAUGAGUCCACACACAUAAAUUGGAUGUGGCUCCACAAGGGAACGGCAUCACGGUGUGGAUGUGGCUACUGGUUCAAGCUGGUGGAGAAACCUGCUUUGUAGUUCCUUUGUAGGUGGCUCAGUACUUGUAGACUUUUAAUUCUGUAAUCUUGGAAGUGGACCAGAAUGGUCUAAGCACUUAAAAGUGCUUUAUAAGAUGCAAUCUUCUGUGUAUAGUGUUUGAAGAAAAAUAAAAUUAUGAGAGUUCCAUGUUAGUGUA